GUACAAAGACAUACGACAAUCAAGCACAAAGCCUUGCCUACGAAACCAAAUUACCGGAGCAAUCCGCUCACCUAAUAGCUUCACCGGGACGCCGUGUCACCAAAAAUUUGCAUUGCCAAACAAACUCAAUUACGAAACGAUACAAAACCUUCAACGACAAACUUUGACAAAGUUCUAUGUUUCAACAAAGGACAUUCAAAAUAGAACUUAGUCACAGUGAAACAGUGUUUGGUUGAAGCAAUUCGCGAUUGUUACCGAUCGAUUUUGAAGGCAGAACUCGGUAGGCCCCGCCUAUUGGGAGGUGCGGCUGCCUCGGGAGCCAGCACAGGCGCCGGACGGCGCGGCGCGUUUGAUGUGCCCCCCUCCCCGCCGCGCAGGCGCAGGCCCCGAUAACGAACGCACACAAACUCAUAACGCUCCGCGCGCUCUCCCAAGCCGGUUGUCAGUACAAACCAGUUUUGGAGUGACGACACAGCUACAGUGACACCAAAGUGAGCUCGAGACUUCGAGAGCCGAGAGGACAGUGCCCUAGUGUUUAGUUGUAUGGACAAUUGAUUUGUGGAAAUGGAAGAUAAGCCUUACAGUGUUGACAGUUCGGACGAUAUCAAUAUCGAGGAGGAGGAAGAACAUAUUGAGGAUAAUCACAGUUAUCCACCAGACUUUCCGAUCGAAGCUUUAGUGAAGCUUGAGCGGCCGUCACCCCCUUUGCCGACGCCGCCGCACACGCCCACCGACGACACGCCCCCAGCCGUCGUUAUCUCACGCCACCAGCCUUGGACGCCACCCGCACAACCCUACACUUACCCCCGGCCAGCCAUGCAGACCCCCUACCCUUAUGAGAAGCCAGUACCUAACUACACUCACCCCAUGUCGGCCUACGUACAAGCGCAAGUCGCGACGCUCCCACCGUCGGCGCCGUACCACGCAAUGCUUGUUAACCAGUGGAUCAGAAACGCGGCUUUCUAUCAUCACUCAUUGAGAUACCCCGGCGUCAUGUCGCAGAGAAUGCCCGGCAGGAACCCGCCGCCGAUGCGGGCUCCAGGCGCACCUGGAACUAGACCCAAGAAGCAGUUUAUUUGCAAGUACUGCAACCGCCAAUUCACCAAGUCCUACAAUCUCCUGAUUCACGAAAGAACUCAUACGGAUGAAAGACCAUACUCGUGCGACAUUUGCGGGAAAGCUUUCCGCCGGCAAGACCACCUCAGAGACCAUAGGUACAUACAUUCAAAGGAAAAGCCAUUCAAGUGUACGGAGUGUGGGAAAGGAUUUUGCCAAUCGCGGACACUGGCCGUCCACAAAAUCUUGCAUAUGGAAGAAUCUCCCCACAAGUGCCCGGUGUGCAACAAGAGCUUCAACCAAAGAUCGAACUUGAAGACGCAUCUGCUAACGCACAGCGACGCGAACAAGCAUCACCUGGAGCAUUUGGAAGGAUGCCAGGAGGUUUCCUCAACGAGUCAGUCGGAGAACUCUUUACUAGACCUUUCACACAAGCCUUCACCUCCCUUACCACCACAAGUCCAGCCCCCGAGCCCGCACCAGUCGCCAGUCGAAGGCCCCAAAAGAACGCUAGGCUUUUCAAUAGAAGACAUCAUGAAACGUUGAUUCCUGUAAAUAUUCUCUCGCGUUAUAAGGUACCUGUUCAAAUUGGCAAGAGGCUUACAUGAAAUUCAGGGAUUUACUUUAGUUAAUUUAAAAUUGCCAAAGAUGUAUCAUUGACUGAUUAGUAAGGUUCUUAUCAAUUAGCAUCCGUUUUUCGUGUUUCAUUUGUCAGAUUGUAGUUUUUGAAUUUGUUUGUUACUUCUUCAUCCUAUCUAGUAUUAUUUCGAAUGAUUCAUGUCACUGAAACUCGGAUCUUUUUCACUUGGAAGACUGAAAUUGUUUUUAAUUAUUGUUAUUGUUUUUUAAGAGAUUUAUUUAUUGUGAUAGAAUAACUUAGAUAAGUUUAUGGUUAACUAAAGUUACCGAGAAAGUAUUACCUUCGUUUUUAAGUGCAUUUCGUUCCAAAUUUCUGGCUAUGGCAUCAUUGAAAUCAUGUUCAAAAAUUAGAUUUACUGUGUAAGUUAGAAAUUAGUUUUAGUGCAUGUACAUUUUUGUGUAAAUAUGUAAAUUAAGUGAUUAAGUUAAGUCGACGAGGCUACUUAUAAAUACGAGUAUAAUAAAAGAAAAUAGAAAACAACAAUACCUAAA